CUGGUAGGAGAGUAUGCUGAUCAGCAGCAGUUGACUGUGCAGCUGUCGGCAGUGCCUGUGUGAGCAAGAGAGGGAGUGAGAGAGACAGGGAGAGAAGGAGUGAGAAAGGAGCAAGAAAAGAUAGGAAGGGAAAGAAAAGAAAAGGGAUACAGGAAUCAUGUUGUGCUGCAUUAGAAGAACUAAGCAGGCUGAAAAGAAUGAUGAUGCUAAUGCGAAAGCUGAGCAAGAGCCUACCAAACCUGAAGACAAGGCUCACAAGGCUGCCACCAAAAUCCAGGCUAGCUUCCGUGGCCACAUAACACGGAAAAAGCUCAAGGGUGAGAAGAAAGGAGAGUCAGCUGUGGUAACGAAAGUGGAGGGCGCAGAGAAAAAAGAUGACGCUAAAAAAACAGAGCCCAUCAAGGAAGAAGAGCCAACAGCAACAGAACCAACUGUGUCUGGUUCUGAAGGGAAAACAGAAGAGGUAGAAAAGCCAACAAGCAAUCCUGAAGCAACCCCCUCUGAUGCUGAGAAGGCAUCAGAGGCUAAAGAGGCUCCCACGGAAAAAGCAACGGCAGCAACAACAGAACAAAAGACCACAAAUGGUGAAAAGGAUGCCAAGGAAACAGGAAGUGAUGCUAGUACGGCCACUGAAAGUACUCCACCUUCGAAUGUCACCUCCAGCCAGGAAAAGGAGAAGAAACCAGUAGAAGUGCCUGAUAUUGAGGCUAGUGAAGAAGCAACAAAGGCUCAAACUGAGACAGCUGCUAGUAGCACAGCACCAGAGAAAACAGAUUCUGCAGAUGAAAGUAAACCUUCUGAAAGUGCCCAACAUGAAGAAGUUAAAGAUGAUGAAAAGAAGGCCACCGAGGAAAAUGCCUGAAGAUGCAAGGUCCCUAGCCCCAGCUACUCUCUCCCCUUUGAUGUGUGGACCAUUCCCCAUAUGGCUAAAGGCGGGAAAGUUUUCCAGUCAAACAGUGUGGCUUAAUUUAAAUGUUCUUGGUGUUGUUCUGGCAGUUUGAUGACCAUCAUUUGGAAUUCUUGCACUGUACAAAUUUUCUCUGGCUCUCUGUUUCACUGUAUGCAAUGUUAUUUUAAGAAGUAAAAAUGUAAGUGAAAAUGGUAUCCUUUAAAUGUGAUGGGAAUGAAUAUACAUUUGUUUUGAGAAUAAAGCAAAGUGCCAAUUAUUGGUGGGUAAGGCCUCAUUGAGAUCCCAACCUUGGGGUUAUUUAUUUUAAAACACACAAUCUCCAUCUAAUUGAUUCAAAUAACAAAUGUUUAAUUGCAAUCUAACUAAUUAAGCCUCCUUUCAGUUUAUCUAAUGAUUCAUGUAUAUUUGAUUAUGUCACUGCCUCAACGUUAUACAGAAUUGUGCUGAUGACAUAUGUUUGUUGCAUGACUUUUAACAGAAUGACAUUAUGCAUUGAUCAUUUAAUUGCUAUCAAACGAUAGUCUGUGACUAUAAAAUUUUGUGAUUAACUGACUUGAAUAUUCCUCUUCCUGUUCUGUGCUGUCCUACAUUUUGCUGCAAUCUUUUUGUCAGUUCAGAAGAUGUCUGCAGAUGACCUUCAUUAUUUAGCUGUGAAUUGCAAAAAAAAAACCCUCUAAUAUUAAUGGCAAAGGCUAACAUUCCCACUCUUUGUAUUUCAUAAGAGGAAAUACUGCACAAAAAUUUAAAGGUUGUAUGAAAAUUGUGGGAGCAGAUAGAAAAAAGAAAGAAAAAACAGCUAAUAGGUCAGGGCAGAAUUUAACACAUUGGACAAGUUGACUAUUUUGCAUUGGGGUGUAUGUAUUUUCUGAUUUUUAUGGGUUAUACCUCGUUUUGCAUAUACUUAUUGCCUCUGUGCAUCAAAUACCAAUCAAAAAGCAUGUGAUUUCAGAGUAGCACAUUUUAUUCAUUGACAGAGAUUCACAAUUUUACAAAGGACUAUAUUUUGUGUGACACUUGAAUUCGAGUGUCAUCAAGGGCACAAAUGCAUGGAAGGAUUGUUCUCUGCUGUUAAAUCUCAUGAAUCUGAAAGAGGUUUCUAAUUCCAGAUAUUCCAACUCUAUAAUUUAGUACACAUUCAGGAAGAGAAGAGAAAAAUAAGCAUUUCAUUUACAACAGUGCUAACUUCUGUGGAAACUGUCAAGUAAUAUUAUUGAGAGGAAACGUAUUCACUUGCUGCCUUAAUUUCAGGUCCUCAUGCCAUUCCAAAGACACAUUAAUCAUUCCAUGAAGCAUGCAUAAAGGAACUAGCAAGAGCAUUGUUCUGGAAGUGGGCAGCUAGAGAAAGGGAGGGAGCUCUUCCUUUCACAAACAUUACAUUCAUUUAAUGAGUAAGCUUUUUUUCACCUUUAAGAAACUGCCAGAGGACACUGCAAGGCCUGAAAUCUAAAAUUAUGUCAGUAUCUAAGACAAAGUUAGUCACAAAUCAUUCCAUUUUGUUUGACCUCUCAAACCACAAAAACGUACUUACAAAAAUACAAGAUUGGAACUGCCCGACAGGGCUGUUGAUGACGGAUGAACCAGUGGAAAUAGCCACCAUAAAAUUUAUCAUAACAGUUGAGAGAAAAAAAAAAAUCACAUUAUGAAAAAAGUUUCAUAACAAUUAUCAAAAUUUUACACUUUCAAACUUGAUCCACACUGCUAUCUGCAAACUUUGAUAACAUUGAUUAAAUGAGAAUUUUUGACAACUUAAAUAGAAUAUCACAUUUGUGCGAAGUAGAAAGUCUCAUAUCGAUAUGGAUUCUCUUUAAUAAAAGGGUUGUGUUAAAGCAGGUUGGAAAAAUGCACCGUAGCAGUUACACAUCACAAGGCAGAUAAUGAUAAUAAAAUAUGAAAGUAAUUAACUAAAAAAAAAUCCUUAAGUAAUUCCUUUUACUUUAUUCAUGCUAAUAAUGUGGAAUUGGUUCAAAAGUCAUAUGUCCUGUAAAAGUCAAAAUCAAAAAUGAAAAUUAAAGUUAUUAAUGUGAAACAAUUCAGACUUCAGGCAAAACAGAAAGUAUCCUUCACCCAGUAAUUGGCCCUCUAGCUGCAGUUGAUGUUUGUCUUCGUGUGCACCCUGGUAACAAAUUGUAGAAUAGAGUCUAGUGUCAAGGAGCUGCUUGAUAAAUAGAAUUGCAACUUUCUCCAGCCCUCCUGUCCAAAGGUGCAUGUCUAGAAUGAGAUGCAAGGCAGUCUCUUCACCAUCACAGCUGUUUCAAUGGCAGCCUGCAGUGUUGCACAUCUUCUUCAGAACAUUCCUUUGCAGAGAAGGUCUCGAAGUACUAGAUGUAGUGAGGCUGGUGGUGAGAGAGCUCUCCCCACCAGAUUGGUCACGUAUGCCUGAAGUCUCUGCACCACUGCAGAAAAGAAACUUAGUAAAAAUAUUCCCAUUUCCACUUACAUUAUCUGCUGGUAUUUUACUUUAAGAAGAAUUCUAAAUCUACUUAUUUGGAAGGUGACAAACUGAUGCUAACUCUCCUAUCAUGAAUGAAGUUCUAAAGCAAAUGCUUGAGGGGUAGAUUCUUUCAGUUAAUUGUUCCUUCUCUGGCAAGUGCCAUGAUAAUAAUGCAAUUCUUGCAAAGCUGUGUCAAUUACCUUACUGUCUAAAUUUUCAACUUUCAACUAAGUGAUUUAAUUUAAUUGUUUCAGAUUUACAUAGGACCACAUUCAUUUACUUGCAGUUCAGUACAACUCAGGCAGAAAAGGAACUUCACUAGAUAACAUGACUUAGUUCAAUACUGAACUGAUGCUAAGUUAUUGUAUUAAGCACAAAAAAAGUCAAUCUAUAUUUGGCAUUGCAAACUAUGGGAUGAAUGUAACAUCACAAAAUAGUACUAAAUUGGAAACGAAUUGCAAACAAUGUCAUAAUAAAAUUGGACAUAUAAUUAGAACAUUAAAAACCACUUCAUCCAGUUUCUCCGUAGACACUAUUUAACCAAGUAAAUUAUUAAAUUUUGUGACAUUUCAUAUUGUUAAUAUCACACUCUGGAAUCAUAUUAUCAAUGAUGCACAUUGGCAACCAAUAUUUUUUACCUGACAUAGUAAUUGGACAUUUUCUCAGUUACAAAGUUUUUAAUAUGUAUUGACAACAAAACUCAUGAAAUUUUUUUGCUACCGGUCCAUUCUUUAAUUUAUGCAAAUUUGAACAUAGAAAAUACUAAUUCAGAUUUACCUAUGUUGAUGGUAAUUGUGUGCCAUGAAUACAACCAAAGUUAUCACCAUAUUGUCCAGUUGCAAAGCUAGUAUCCUUUUCUGGAAUAACUAGCCUGUCACUUUGAUUAGAUUGUCAAACUUUUUGAAACAGUUCCACUUUUCUAUUACACCAAUAUCUAAACACAAUUGUUUUGUGCAGCAAUUGUACCAUUUGAAACAUGUAUUAAAAGGAAACAAGCCCUCUGGAAAAGAAAAGCCUAUUUAGGCCAACAAAUUGUUAUUAUCUACUUAAUCUUCUAUAAGAAAUAUAGAAGAUUAACAUGAAAAGUCUUGAAGGCACAAAACAUUCUACUUUUCUUGGUAACAUAGGUAAGUAUUAAACACUUUGUUAAUCUUAGCACAGAUAGAUUUUUUGAUAUAAUAGCAAGUUUAUUGUACCUCAGCAUGUAGGCAGAUCACACUAAAUCAUUAUAUCUGUUUCAUACAUACCACCAAAAGCUUUCACUGCAAGCAAUCAUUUCCACUUCAGUAUAUGUCAGACCUUUAGCAGGAUGACAUUUGCUUUAUUGUGUCCUUGGGCAAAAUAAUGUCAUCUACUUGGAUAUUUUCAAUGCUCACUAUUACUUAGUCUUAUAGCUGCCUUAGAGAAGACAGUUGUUCAUAAUACCAGAACUUAAUUGCCUUUUGCUUGAUUGUCCUGCAAGGUUACUUGUUGAACACUGUUGUCACUAAUUGGAGUUAAUAGGGGAUUGAAUUAACAAAAAAAUUCAGCCUGUUUUAAUAAUGUUCUUGGCCCCAGGGUAAAAGCAGUUAACACAUACACAAAGUAGAAUGUGAUUUCAAAUGUCAUACCAAGCAACAACAUUGUUAUUUAAAAAAGAUGUUUUUAACCUACCAUUUUUGAGAUAAACACAAAUCACAGGAAACAUUUAAUAGUGUUCUUGAAGAGACUUUUUAUAAUGCUGUAUCAAUGUACUCGUAAUUAUCAAUGUGAGCAUGUUAUGCCUUGCCAUUUGGAUAGUUCACAAAGCUUUUGCCAGACCAAAAACUAUUGCAUUUUAUGUCUUCUUAGAAUGAUAUAGUUACAGAGCUAGCAAGAACUAAAUACAAAAGAAACCUGUAAUUAUUAAGUGACCACCUUCCAAUUUUAAUCAGGUGGUCUCUUAAUCCUCACCAAGACUGAAUUUUUCCAUGGUUAGAUUAUUAGAAGUGGGUGUAUUUUGUAGCACAUAUAUUUCCUAUUAGUCUAAGUAGCAAUUUGCAGGUUUUACUCAUCAAAACAGAGCAAAGGGGACCACUACAGUUAUUAGUAUGCAGCCAUUAACCAUGUUAGUAUGUAAUUGCUUAGUAAAGGCUCCACUCGCUACCAGACAUGUGGCAAGAGUAGUGAGAUUGGUGAAACAGGCCAUUGAAUGCAGAUGACUGCUGAACAAAAAUUACUGCUUGUUGGGGAGGGAUUUUUUUAAAAAAACGGGGACACAUGCAGGCCUGUUUUAAUUGGUUUAGAACUCUCGGUCACUAUCUUUUUUAACUGUGCUAAGGGAGUGUCCAGAUUCUUUAUGCAUGCUGGUCAUAGGUUUCAAACUGUACUAAUGUUGUAUUUGCUAGAGCUGUACUUUUGACUUGGAACUAAUUGAUGCUUCGGCUAAAAAGUUUUUAAAAGGCUGCAUGUAUAUUUCCAACUAUCUUGCCAGAAAACAAAACUCCAACAGUUAAAACCUGUUGGUGGUGCAAAUGCAAAGGCCCAUUUUCAUUUGGUUUUCCUCCUUAUAUAUGGAAUGGGUCUAAAGUAAUGAAAUGAGAUGUGGAAGCCAUCAUUAGCCACCUUAUAUGUCAUGUUGUCUUCUUUAUCUUUUGUCUCUUUAAUUGUAUAUUUGUGGAAUGUAAUUAUACUACAUAGAAACCCUUCCACUCACUGGUUGAUAUUUAGAAUCCACAUAUGGUGCUAAUUGGACUUCAAGAAUAUGCAAAUCAAAUUAGUGAAAAUUUGGUGAUUAAUGAAUAUAAUAAAGUGAAAGUCGAAGUGCACAGAUUUUAGUAAAUCGAAUUGACCGUGAUGAACUCCAAUGUUAAUCAUUUGUGAAAGUGAAAUCUCAGACAAAGUACAAUUCUUGGUGUGUUAAAUGUUACCCAUCCACAGAGCAUGAAGUUUGUAGUUGGAAGCAUACAUUUCUUUCAGCCUUACAAUGCAUUUUUUUUUAAAUUGCCUUCCUGCCUACUUGAUUGGCCACUGCCUUACGCAAUCCUGAUCUACUUGCUUGGUGCUGUUGAGUCCUUGUGAUGUUCUGUAGUGCUUGAUUGCUGGUAUUUUUGGACUGGUAAAUUAUUUUUACUCAGCAGUAAUAAUAUUCUGAAUUUGUGAGUGUGUGUAAUUGGUGUGGCAUCUAAGAUGGCUGAUGCAGAAUGUGGCCUGCCUUUUUUUCACAAAAUGUCAGAGAGACAGUGGGGAGAAUGAAAAAAAAUAAAAGUCACCAGUCUUCACAAAA